UCCAGAUCCGAACCGACAUUGUUGUUUGUUUUUUUCCCUCCUUCUUUCUGGAUCCGCGGGAAAGGGCAGUUUUUCUUCCUACUUUUCUCCCUCCCAACGCCUUCGGGAGGUGGUCGGUGGACACGGUGACCGGACGGCGGGGCUCGAACUCCGGGCUUGGGGAGCCGAGAUGAAUCCCCAGUCUCUGGUUUGCGCCCAGACUGUGAGCAGGGUGAGCUCGGUGCUGAAUCGUGACACGCGGCAGUUUGGAAAGAAACACCUGUUUGACCAGGACGAGGAGACGUGCUGGAACUCCGACCAGGGUCCCUGCCAGUGGGUGACGCUCGAGUUCCCGCAGCGCAGCCGGAUCCUCCAGCUGCAGAUCCAGUUCCAGGGGGGCUUCGCCAGUCGUCGCGUGCGCCUGGAAGCUUCCCAAGGGCAGGAUGCCCUCCGCAAGGUCACAGAGUUCUUCCCCGAGGACAGUAACUCCCUCCAGAGCUUCCCCGUGCCGGCAGCCGAGGCCGACCGGCUCAAGGUGACCUUCGAGGAGGCCACGGACUUUUUCGGCCGCGUCGUCGUCUACCACCUACGGGUGCUGGGGGAGAAGGUGGCGUGAGAUCGCAAGGGAAGGUGGCGGUGGUCGGGUGGCAGCCGCCUCCUCCUGGGAGCCCUCCUCCGGCCCCGGCAAGUCAGCUUGUAUGUGCGGAACGUUUUAUUGGCCGCUGUGGG